ACAGAGACACACACACACACACACACACACACACACACACACACAGAGAGUGUCCCUCUGCUUCCUGUCUUUAUGCUAAGCUAGGUUAGCAGUGUCCAGUUGCAGCCAUGUUCAGACCUCUGAAGAUCCUUAUUGGCACAAAAUGUCCUCCGACCCGCUGCUGCUCAGCCUUCGUCUCCAGGAUGAGGUAUGUGAACAGACUGAAGGAGGAUGAUGAAGCUUGUGCUGCAGCGCUGCAGAACGCUCACAUCUUCCUCUUCCACCGGUUGUCUCCUCUUCUGCAACGAACCGAGCACAGAACCCUCAGACCCACAGCUCUCGUCUGCUCAGAUGUUCAGUCGGUCCUGGAGAGACUCGGGUCAGACAGAACCCUGCUGAAGGAGUCGGUUUUGAUUGGAUGCUCUGAAGAGAACCAGGCUCAGUUCUGUCUGGACGUCGGAGACCUAGACCAGGCAGCAGUAGAAGAAGUCUGUGAAGGAAAGUUUAUCGAUCUGAGGAAAUCGUUCUUUCUUCUGACGGGACCAGAGGCACCUCUAGUGGCCAAGGGUCAGGCUCUACUGCGAUGGAAUCAAACCAGCGGUUUCUGCAGCACCACGGGUCAGCCGACCCACCGCAACCGGGCAGGAAGUCAGAGAGUCUGCAGCAGCAGCGGCAUCAUUUACUACCCCAAGAUGUCUCCGGUGGUGAUAGUCCUGGUGUCUGAUGGGAAACGUUGUUUGUUGGGCCGACAGUCGUCCUUCCCUCGAGGGAUGUACAGCGCGCUGGCCGGUUUCUGUGACAUGGGUGAGACUCUGGAGGAGACUCUGAGGAGGGAGGUGGCGGAGGAGGUGGGUCUGGAGGUCCACAGUGUCUCUUAUAGCUCCUCGCAGCACUGGCCUUUUCCCCACAGCUCCUUCAUGAUGGCCUUCCACGCCUCUGUUAGCCCCGCCCACACUCAGUUAAACGUGGACCACGCUGAGCUGGAGGACGCUCGCUGGUUCAGUCUGGAGGAAAUCACCUCCGCCUUGCAGGUGAAGACCCCGCCCAGGAGAGGCGACCCUCCUGUCGUCUGGCUUCCUCCCAAACACGCCAUCGGUAACCGCCUCAUCACAGAGUGGGCGGACCGCCAGCGCCGCUGGGAGGAGGGAGAGUAACGGCGGCGAGGAGCUACAAGUCAUCCAGACUCCCUGUGGGACUUCUUUAAGAUCAGGAACUGAACUGAAUCAGUCAGAAGGAGGUUUUACACUGAGACAAGGACAGGUAAAGCUUUUAUAAAUACUCAGCUAUUUGAGAAAGUAAAGUAAUUUUUAGACAAAUAUUCCACAACUUUUAUUGUUUACCUCAUAGGAUAUACUGCUGUCCAGACCUCAGUGACCUCCAUCUGGGGAUAGUUACCCAAAAUAUUUUAUUUAUUACUCUUUUCAAAAGUAAUAUUAUGACUUUACUUAUUACUCCCUGUCAACAGUAAUUAGUUACACUACCAGUUAUAUUACUUUUCUAUUACCCACAGAAUUGGUAAUUGUGUCUCUUCUCCCUAAAAUCCAGACUGGACUUUGAGUACGGCUUUAUAGAGCGCACAUAUGAAAUAUAAAAUGUCACUACAUAUAAAUCAACACCUGAGCGUUCAGUGAGCUGUUUGCAUUACGUUAAUAUGUAGAAAUAUAUAAACUGUGUGUACAGCGACUCAAUGGACCUUUCAUUUUAUCAGCUGAGAUCAAAAACACCAACUGUGUUAAUUAAUGUCAUCAUAUUAAGGUAAUUAACAUGUUAAUAACAGCUUAAUAACAUGUUAUUAAAGAAUGUUAAAGAACUACCUCUGAUUUUAAAUGUUUUACUGAAUCUGUUAUAUCUGAAUAAAAGAUUUCACUGUGAAUCUGAAA